GCGGCCGAGAACCCGGAAGUGAGUGCAGCGCUUACAAGGGCUGGUGAUUUGAUCAAAAAACGCAUCUGCCAUGACAGCCAUCAAGCACGCCCUCCAGAGGGACAUCUUCACACCCAACGAUGAGCGUCUCCUCAGCAUCGUUAAUGUUUGCAAGGCAGGAAAGAAAAAGAAAAACUGCUUUCUGUGUGCUACAGUUACCACGGAGAGGCCUGUUCAGGUUAAAGUGGUUAAGGUGAAAAAAUCUGACAAAGGGGAUUUCUACAAGAGGCAACAGACCUGGGAGCUGCGAGAUCUGACCACAGUAGAUGCCAAAGAUGCAAGCAAGGAAAAUCCUGAAUUUGAUCUUCACUUUGAGAAGGUUUAUCGGUGGUUGGCUAGCAGCACAGCUGAAAAGAACUCCUUCAUUUCCUGUAUCUGGAAGCUGAACCAGCGUUAUCUGAGGAAGAAGCUGGAGUUUGUGAAUGUCAGCUCUCAGCUGCUUGAAGAACUUCCUAAAGCGGAAGAGUCUGUGCCCAGUGGUGAGAGUCAAAGUGUUGCGGGAGGCGAUGAGGAUGCCCUGGACGACUACCAGGAGCUCAGCACUCGUGAGGAGCAGGACAUCGAGAACAUGAUGGAGAUGUGCGAGUACGCCGUCUCAAACGCAGAAGCCUUCGCAGAGAAGCUCUUCAAGGAGCUGCAAGUUUUAGACGGGGCCAACAUUCAGUCCAUCAUGGCAUCAGAAAAGCAGGUGAACAUCCUGAUGCAGCUUCUGGACGAGGCUCUGUCAGAAGUGGACACCAUCGAGGGGAAACUGAGCAGCUAUGAGGAGAUGCUUCAAAGUGUCAAGGACCAGAUGGACCAGAUCUCACAAAGCAACCGUCUUAUCCAGAUCAGCAACACCAAUAACGGCAAACUGCUGGACGAGAUCCAGUUCUUAGUGAACUACAUGGACUUGUCUAAAGGACACAUCAGGGCCCUGCAGGAGGGUGACCUUACCUCCCCUAAAGGUAUAGAAGCCUGCAUCAAUGCUUCAGAGGCUCUGCUGCAGUGCAUGAAUGUGGCUCUGCGACCAGGCCACGAAAAACUGAAAGCUGUGAAUCAGCAACAGCUCCUGUUUAGCGAGCUGAGGGAUACCUUUGCUCGCCGCCUCACCAAUCACCUCAACAACGUGUUUGUUCACCAGUUCAACCACUUCAGUCACUUCAAAAUGACCAUCCCUCAGUAUUAUAGGUCUUCCUGUCUUUCACUUCCAGGCCAUGAUCAGAGCUCCACCUUGUCACAACACACAGCUGAACUGACCCUGCCCAAACACAGCCCCCUCCAUCGCGACCUGCUGCGCUAUGCCAAGCUCAUGGAGUGGCUGAAGAACACCCACAGAGAAAAGUAUGAAGGCCUGUCAAGGACUUACGUUGACUAUAUGAGCAGACUAUAUGAGCGAGAAAUCAAAGACUUCUUUGAGGUUGCCAAGAUAAAGAUGGCGGGUACAUCUAAAGAAGCGAAGGGAAAGUUUGCCACGCUUCCGCGGAAAGAGAGUGCACUCAAACAGGAAACAGAAAGCCUGCACGGCAGCUCUGGGAAGCUAACGGGCUCCACUUCCAGUCUGAACAAGCUGACGGUGCAGGGCUCCAACAGUCGCCGUUCCCAGUCUUCCUCGUUGCUGGACAUGGGCAACAUGUCUGCUUCCGACCUAGACGUAGCAGACAGGACUAAGUUUGACAAGAUAUUUGAACAGGUCCUCAGUGAGCUGGAGCCUCUGUGUCUUGCAGAACAAGACUUCAUCAGCAAGUUUUUUAAGCUGCAGCAGCACCAGACGGUUAUGCCCCCCCUUGCACAGCCUGAAACUGAGGAGUUUGAUGGAAGUGCACCAUCAAGAAGUCUUCCCCAGGCAGAACACAGACACUCCUUGUCAUCGGAGAAAGACAUGGUGCGAAUGAUGAUGAAUAAAAUCUUCCAGAACAUCGAGCCAGAGCUCAACAGCCUGAUCGCUCUAGGUGACAAGAUUGACAGCUUCCACUCUCUGUACAUGCUGGUGAAGAUGAGUCAUCAUGUGUGGACAGCCGAGAACGUCGACCCGGCCUCCUUCCUCAGCACCACUCUGGGAAACGUGCUGGUCACCGUAAAACGAAACUUUGACAAGUGCAUUUCAGGUCAGAUCAGACAGAUGGAGGAAGUGAAGAUUUCUAAGAAGAGCAAAGUCGGCAUCCUGCCUUUCGUUGUCGGGUUCGAGGAGUUUGCUGAACUUGCUGAAACAAUCUUCCGUAAUGCAGAACGCCGAGGAGACCUCGACAAAGCUUACGUUAAGCUCAUCAGGGCUGUUUUCAUGAACGUGGAGAAGGUAGCCAAUGAAAGUCAGAAGACGCCACGAGAUGUUGUCAUGAUGGAAAAUUUCCACCACAUCUUUUCCACACUGUCACGGCUAAAGAUUUCCUGCCUGGAUGCUGAAAGGCGGGAGGCCAAACAUAAAUAUACGGACCACCUGCAGUCUUAUGUAAUCAACUCUCUGGGCCAGCCACUGGAGAAGCUCAAUCAUUUCUUCGAGGGUGUUGAGGCACGUGUAGCCCAGGGCGUGCGUGAGGACGAGGUGAGCUACCAGCUGGCUUUCAACAAACAAGAACUGCGCAAAGUUAUUAAAGAGUAUCCUGGAAAAGAGGUGAAGAAGGGCCUGGACAACCUUUACAAGAAGGUGGACAAACAUCUGUGUGAGGAAGAAAGUUUGCUACAGGUGGUGUGGCACUCCAUGCAGGAUGAGUUCAUCCGGCAGUACAAGCACUUUGAAAGUCUAAUAGGCCGAUGCUAUCCUGGAUCUGGAAUCACCAUGGAGUUCACCAUCCAGGACAUGUUGGAGUACUUUUCCAGCAUUGCUCAGUCUCAUUAACAUGGUUGCUGUUAAUCUUUUACUACUGCUAUACACUAACUAUGGAUGCAUUAUCCACCAUAUUUUUGAAACAUUUCAUGUAUGCGACUGUAUUUUAUUGAAAGAGAACUUUACACUGAACAGCUGUCCUGAUCGUGCAGCACUACUUGUGUGCCUGAUUCUUGACUCAACAACUCUUCUUUACCUAGCAGUUCACCAUGCUUUAGCUAUACCUUUAUGCCACAUGUAUAUAAUACAUCUACAGUAGCUGUAUCACUUAAAUUAUCACUUUGUUUUAUUUACGUUAAUAAAG